AAAACUUAACCUCUCAGUUUUAUCGAUGGCGACGGCGACUUAUCCACCGCCACCGCCGUAUUACCCGCUCUACAAAAAUUACUCCGACGACCCCGAUUCCUGCCCCGCGCCGCCGCCACCUAUUCAAGGCCCUUACUUCCUCUACGGCGCCAGCUACACGACGGAUGAUGUCCUUCCCGGUCUAGAAGAACAGGGUGUUCGUCAAUUGUACCCUAAAGGGGAUAUUGAUUUCAAGAAAGAGCUCAGGUCUCUUAACAGAGAACUGCAGUUGAAUAUUUUGGAGCUUGCUGAUGUUCUUGUAGAGCGCCCAUCGCAGUACGCUAGGAGAGUAGAAGACAUCUCUUUAAUUUUCAAGAAUGUAUAUCACCUUCUGAAUUCUCUGCGUCCACACCAGGCUAGAGCAACAUUGAUACAUAUUCUAGAACUCCAGAUACAGCGGCGUAAACAGGCUGUGGAAGACAUUAAAAGGAGAAGAGAAGAAGCACAAAGGCUUCUCACAGAGGCGCUUGGAACUCUCGAUGGACAAUGAAGAUCAACUCAUAGGCUUAAUGAUGAAGGGUUGUUCUUGUUGGUGAAACGGCAGUUGAGUCGAAUCUCCCCUUGCUUCCCGGUGAGCAGAUUAAGGCCUCCCAACCUGCUGAUUGACAGCGCAAACUGCUGCUUGAAGUGCCCCAACAUGCCAGCGUAUUCAAGCGCCAGCUGUGUGGUGUUGUAGCUCUGGAGCAGGUCUUGAUCCACCUUCAAAACUGCCUUGUUCGACACCACGUUGCUGUAGUAGUUGUUGCUGAACUUGUACUGCUCUCCGUUUCUGUCUGUCAAGAACACCGUUGGGUCUCUCUGGCCUUUCUUGAGGGUUUUGGGGCAUUGCUUUCGCAGCUUCUCCAGUUCGGACUUGGCCAUGGAGGGGUCAGGUUUUCCCGUGUUUUUGAAGUUGUAGAGACGAUCAUUGAGGUUAGCACAGUGUGUCUUUC